GCACUGAUUCAUGCUGACCUCCACAACUUCAAUAACCAGGUGUGCUUUAGGAAAAACAAUCUUAGAACUUCAAUGUUAAGAAAUUCAUAAAGUGUACUGGAACUUACGCCCAAAAGUAAAAAUACAACGGCUCUUGUUGAUACCUUCAGAGAGUGGCAAUAGCCCUUGUUGACAUUCUCAGAGAGUGGCAAUAGCCAUUCCGUAGAAUGAAUUAGAUAUUUUAUAUUUAGACUCAAUCUGAACAAUGAUGAAUUGUUCUGUUCUAGGAUACAAAUAAUGACGUCAAUAUUUUCUGAAAAUAAUAUAAAAAUAGCAAAAUUAGAUGAUAAACAUAAAUUAGAUGAGACUCAUUCAUUAAUAACAAAAAAAUUAAAAUAUGAUGACAAUUACACUGACAAUAGCACAACAACAACAACAACAAUCGAACAAUUACCCGUUGAAAUCUGGCGUGAUAUAUUUGAUUAUAUGUCAUCAUGUGACAUUAUACAAACAUUUAAAAAUCUUAAUUAUCGUAUCAAUUAUAUUAUUAGUCAAAUUCCUAUGCAUAUUAAUUUAUCAUUAAAUAUUACUAUUCAUAUAUUUCAAAAUUUAUGUCGUAAUAUUCGUUCAUUUAAUAAUUUAAUUCGUUCAUUGCUAUUAUCUAAUAAAGAUAAAGGUGAUGCCAUUCAUAUAUUUUAUUUAUUAUUAGAUAUUAGAGAAUUUAUUAAUCUUGAAAAAUUUAUAUUAAUUCAUCCAAAAAUAGAUGAUUUAAUUGAUAUUAUACCAAAAUUAAUAAAUUUAGAAAAUCUUUCAACAUUAAUUAUUGAUUCUAAUGAAUUAUCUGAAAAUAUUACUCAAUUAAUUUUAAAAUUAAAAUCAUUAAAAAUAUUACAAAUAUUUACAAUUGAUAAAAAAAAUUAUAUUUUUUUAAAAAAAUCAUUAUCUAUUGAAUAUUUAAUUUUAACUGAAUGUGAAUUAGAUAUAUUUAAUUAUUUACCAAUAACUAUUAAACAUUUAACAAUAACUCGUGAAAUUGAAGAUUCAUUAACAUCAAUUUCUAAUUAUUUUAUUUUUUAUUCUAAUUUAAUACAUUUAAAAUUACGUAUGAAUUCAUCACAAUGUGAAAUUAUUUCUCAUCUAUUAAAAUGUAUUAGUCAUACACCUAAAAUUAUAUCAUUUGAAAUAGCAGAUUAUCAUUAUCGUAUUCGAAAAGAAUGUUAUUCUGGUCAUUAUUGGUCACAAUGUCUAUCAUUAUUACCAUUAUCAUGUAAAAUUGAAUUAUAUGUACAUGGACCAAUUGAAAUAAAACAUGAUAUUGAUCGUAUUACAUUAAAACAAACAUUUGAAACACAAUAUUUUUGGAUUGAACGUCAAUUAUCUGUUGAAAUACAUUUUACGUCAUAUUUUCUCCGUUUUUUUACUUUACCUUAUUCAAAAGAAAUUUAUACGAUACCAUCUAAACAUACACUCAUAACAACAACAACAAUAGCAACAACAUGUGAAGAAAAAAGGUAAAUUUUUCUGUUUUUAGUUUGUACACAAUGAAAAUUUGCAGCUUUUCCGGCUGAUCAAAAAUAUGUAGUUGUUAAUUUUUUGAAAGUUUCUUUUAAUGUCGAAAAACUUGACAAACGACGAUGUUCAAAUACUUAUGGAUUUUCAGUCGGAACGUUCUCUCAUUCUCACGAAAAAUCUACAAUAUCCAGAAAAAAAAAUGUCUAGAUAUUCUCGAAAAUAAAAUAGACCACAAUAUCUCAGAACGACAAAAAGCUUCA